UACGUCUACUAAACGCUUUCUUUGUAAGUGAAUGCAGUCUUAUUAUACAAGAGAGGGAUAAACAUUGAUGUGAAAAUUGAAAAUGAACCACAGAGUUGACAGACAGCUGAUUCGGGCGAGAUUGCCUCCUUACGAACCCCCUCCACCUUGGAUUCCACCACAAGAGAGAGUUCACCAUCCGGACUACAAUAAUGACAUCAGAAAAUUCCUACCACGAGAACUGCUUCUACAGAGGAUGAGAGCUUCAGAACAACUAGGAUUCAACAUUCGGGGUGGCCAGGAACAUCAUUGUGGAAUUUUUGUGUCAAAGGUCAUGCCCAACAGCGAAGCAGACAAUCUCGGACUCUGUGAAGGUGACCAGAUUUUAACAGUCAACAACAGAGAUUUUAUGUAUAUAGAUCAUGCAGAGGCUGUCAAAGUUUUGAAGAUGAACACGACCAUACAGAUGACGGUCCGGUUCUUCCCGUACGGCUAUGAGAGAACAUAUGAUAAGUGCAAGUUUCUGGCAUCCAAUCAGCAGACAGAAAGGUAGCAGGCCGUAUCACAUGAUUGUAUCAUCCAAUCAACAGACAGCUAGAAAAAUCUGUGUCAUGUGACUUUAUCAACCAAUCAGCAGAUAGUUAGAUUGUGUCAUGUGAUUGUAUCAUCCAAUCAGCAGAGAGGUAGCAGACUGUGUUACAUAGACAGAGGAUUAAGGCUUUGUCAUGUGACUGCACUAUCCAAUCAAACCUCAUUAACAAUUUCGAUUGCAGCAGACCUAAAUGUUCAUAUUCUUGAAGAUUCAGUCUUUCCCUUAUUGUCCAUUUCACGAAAUAAUUUUCUAAAGUAAACUACAAAAUCAUUGUUUUUUUUUUUAAAAAAAUGUACAUAAAUAGUAGUGUAGUAUCAUCAGAAAAUGUAUAUUUAUACAUAUUAUAAACUAAUAAUACAUGUAGUAUAUUUUUAUUAGAAUGCAUUUAUAAAUUAAUGCAUUAAUUAAUAGCAUGUACAAUGGGUUUAGCAUACUAUUUCAUUUUUCAUUUAUAAGCCCUUUUCAUUAUUGUAUUGCAUUACUUUUUUCAAGUAAAAUGUUUAAUAAAAAGUAAUUAUAUAUCAACAAUAUGUAAACUCUCAAACUAGCGUCCUAUUACCAAGAAAUACCCCCCCCCCCCAAAAAAAAUGUGUAUUAAGAUUGAAAUUGGCCAUCAUGAAUUAUAUUUUUCUUGGUCCCAUCGAGUUCAAGAUAAUGAGGUUUGACUGUAUUUAAACUAAUGGAAGGCAUAUAUAAAUACAUUUUUAAAUAUUUGAUACUGAGAUGUUAUCCUGUUAGAUAGUUAAUUUUAGGCAUGUAAUUUUCACUUAUUAACUGUAUCAUAGAAGUGUAUAGUUAUAUAUGAUCAUUAAAUCAACAUUUUUAUUUUUGCUAUAAAGUGUACAGUACAGUU